AUGCCAUAAUAUGUUGAUGAUUUUUAAGUAUUUAAAGACGAUCCUAAUCUCUUAUAUUAUAAGGAUCAUUUUGAGAUACGUACAAGUGCUUUUUAUAAUUAAUUAUAGCAUAUUUAAAAAAUAGAGAAUAGUUUGGAAGAUUUUGCGAAAGGAUACUAAAAAUAAGGAUUCAAUAUCCUUGGAGAUUAUUUAAUUUACAGAGAAUGGGCUCCAUGUGCUUAAGAAGUAUAUUUAUGUGGAGAUUUUAAUAAUUGGGAUAAAAAACAAUACCCUUUAACUCGCGAUAAUUUUGGAAACUGGGAAAUCAAGCUUCCUUUAAUAAAUGAUAGUCCAAUAAUACCUCACAACUCUAAGAUUAAAAUUCACAUAUUGAAUGCUAAAAACCAAUGGGUAGACCGAAUUCCCGUUUGGUCUAGAAAAUUAAUGCAAAACGAAGAAACAAAAGGUUUUGAUGCAGUUUUUUGGUGGCCAUCUAAAAGUUAUGUUUUCAGAAAUCCAAAACCAGAACCUACCCGAGCUCUCAAAAUUUACGAAUGUCAUAUUGGAAUGGCUGGCUAAGAACCGAGAGUUCACACAUUUAACGAGUUUACAGAAAAAAUACUUCCCAGAAUUUAAAAAUUAGGGUAUAAUACUAUAUAAAUAAUGGCAGUGGCUGAGCAUGCUUAUUAUGGCUCAUUUGGAUAUCAUGUAACGAAUUUAUUCGCUAUAUCUUCUCGUUUUGGAACUCCAGAAGACUUUAAAAUAUUAGUAGAUACUGCACAUGGAAUGGGAAUUCAUGUAUUAAUAGAUUUAGUGCAUUCUCAUGCAAGCAAAAAUGUGAAUGAUGGAUUCAAUGAAUGGGAUGGAACUGAGUUUUAAUAUUUCCAUGAUGGAUAAAAAGGAAAUCACACAGGAUGGGACUCAAAAAUUUACAAUUAUGGAAAAUGGGAAGUUUUAAGACUUCUUUUAUCAAAUAUUUCAUGGUUUAUGGAAGAAUAUGAUGUAGAUGGAUUCAGAUUUGAUGGAGUUACUUCUAUGCUUUAUUCACAUCAUGGCUUAGGUAAAGGAUUUACAGGAGGCUAUCAUGAAUAUUUUAAUGAAAAUGUAGAAAUAGAAAGCUUAGUUUAUCUUAUGCUUGCAAACAAAUUAAUUCAUUCGAUUUAUAAAGAUGCUAUUAGUAUUGCUGAGGAUGUUUCCGGAUAUCCCACUUUAUGUAGAAGCAUUUUAGAAGGAGGAAUCGGGUUCGAUUAUAGAUUAUAAAUGGCAGUCCCUGACAAAUGGAUUCAAUUAUUAAAAGAAAAAAGUGAUGAAGAAUGGAAUAUAAAAGAUAUGGUAUGGACUCUUAUUAAUAGACGAAGCGAUGAAAAGUGUAUUGUUUAUGCCGAAAGUCAUGAUUAGGCACUUGUGGGAGAUAAGACUUUAUCUAUGUGGCUUUUUGAUAAAGAUAUUUAUGAUAAAAUGAGUACUACUAUUCAAGAAACAUUUGUUGUUAAUAGAGGUAUUGCUUUACAUAAAAUGAUUAGAUUAAUUACUAUUGCUUUAGGAGGAGAAGGUUACCUUAAUUUUAUGGGAAAUGAAUUUGGACACCCUGAAUGGAUAGAUUUUCCUAGAGAAUAGAAUGGAUGGAGUUAUAAUUAUUGUAGAAGAUAAUGGAAUUUAGUUGAUAAUAGUUUAUUAAGAUAUUAAUAUUUAAAUAAUUUUGAUAAAGAAAUGAUUUUAUUAGAAUAAAAAUUCUAAUUUUUAUUUUCUAAAAAUAAAUAUAUUUCUAGAUAACAUGAGGAAGAUAAAGUUAUAGUUUUUGAAAGAGAUAAUUUGCUUUUUGUUUUUAACUUCCAUCCUACUAAAUCAUAUGAAAAAUAUUUGAUUGGAACUAGUCUAAGAGAUGAUCUUUUGAUUAUUUUAGACACCGAUGAUCCACAUUUCGGUGGACAUGAUAGAGUCAGAGCAGGGCAUGAUGUGCCUUUUAAAUUAACUGGAUAAUGUGUUGAUGGAAGGGAUAAUAGCAUUUAUCUAUAUAUUCCUUCAAGAUGUGCAAUUGUUUUAAGUGAUUAAAAAAGUGUUUUUGAAUAUUGUGACCAAAAAAAAAAUUAUUAAGUUGAGAAAGCUUGGAACAGAAGGAAUUAUAGAUAAUUCUAGCCAACUAUUAAAGCAAAAUUUAACUAGUUACAGAUGUAAUCCUUUAGAAUUAAAAAAUUAAAUAUUAUAUGA